UUCUGUGGAUUUAGCUUCUGUGCGCGAAGGAAGGAGUAUUGGGAAGCUUUCGGCGUUUGUGAAGAGUUAGUUGAUGUUAUUUGAAGUUUGUGUGUACCAUAUUCUGUAUUUUAAAUAAUAUAUAGUGCAUAUGGCUGACGUUUUGGAUAUAGAUAAUGCAGAAGAGUUCGAAGUGGACGAAGAAGGCGAUCAAGGAAUUGCCCGCCUGAAAGAAAAAGCAAAGAAAAGAAAAGGUAGGGGUUUCGGAACUGAAAAUUCAGCCCGUGAAGACAUCCGAGAAUAUGAGUCGAUGGAAGUUGAUGGGGAUGAGGAACCAGGACCUCAAAGAUCUAUUGAAGGAUGGAUUUUGUUUGUCACAUCUGUACAUGAAGAAGCUCAAGAAGAUGACAUCCACGAAAAAUUUUCAGAAUAUGGUGAAAUAAAAAAUAUCCAUUUGAAUUUGGAUAGACGAACAGGAUUUCUGAAGGGAUAUGCUUUGGUGGAAUAUGAAACAUUUAAAGAAGCCCAACAGGCAAGAGAUGCUUUGAAUGGAGCAGAAGUCUUGGGACAGGCUAUAGGAGUUGAUUGGUGUUUUGUUAAGGGACCGAAAAAGACAAGGAAAAGCAGGAGAAGGAGAUAAAUGUGGAAUACAGGUUUCAGUCAAUUUAAAAGCAGUUUGCGCAGUACACGUUCAAAAAAUACUGAAAUUCCUGGUACACAAUGAUUUUUUGUAAUUAUAUGUUUAGCAACAAAUAAAAAAAAAAUACAGCUGA